GCCUUCCGGUGGAGUUAGGCAGCACGUGACGGUUUCUAGGAAGGAAGGUAAUCUUUUAACUACGCGCAGCAUAACGAAAGAAAGCACAGAAAGUGUCAGGAGUGUUUCUGAUGGCGACCAGGAAGCUGAAGAAGAAAUCCAAGCACCCAGAGGGAAGCUCGGACCUCAAGGUGUUCGACUUUGACCUGGAGGAGAAGAAGCUGAGCUCAGAGGAGGACACCAGAGAUGAAACCCCUGUGGUAGACAAGUCGGGCAAGAAGAGAGGCUCUCUGGAGUUCUCUGCUGAAGGUCCAGAGGCUGCUGUUGGAAAUGAAGUACAGUCUAUGUUGGAGCGAUUUGGCGCUGAUAUCAGCAAAGUGAUGCAGGCCAAGAGGAAACGCCUGGAAGUUCUGACUAAGACGUCGCUGAAGGGAAGCCACAGCAAGCUGGAGCAGCUGUGGAACAGCCAGUACAACCAGAGGCAGAAGCUGACCCAGGACUUCUCCCAGCAGGUGUCCUCGGUCCUCCAGCAGUGGGAGGCUGAAGCUCUGAGGGCCGAGGAGCAGGAGGAGAAGCUCAACGUUAUGUUCCGCCAGCAGCAGAAGCUCUUCCAACAAGCUAAGGUAGCUCAGAGCAGCAAACUGAAGAACAUCAAGGAGCUUUAUGAGCUCUUUAUCAAGAACAUGGAGGAGAUGGAGAAGAGCCACGAGGUGUUCCUCCAGGGAGCACAGCAGGAGCUGAAGAAGGAGAUGGCCGCGCUGCAGAAGAAGAUCCUGAUGGACACGCAACAGCAGGAGAUGGCCACCGUCCGCAAGUCGCUUCACUCCAUGCUGUUCUAGGACCAGCGGUGCUGGGACCAUUCAUCUGUUCUACUGGUUCACCUUGUUCACCUGCAUUGCCGAGUUUUAGUUCAACAUAUGACUCUUAGUUCUUCCUUUGUGGUUUAUAGCUGACCGGAUGUCUGAGGACAUGAUGUGUGACAAGGAGAGGAGCUAGUGUUACAGGACAGAGCUUUACAUGUUCAGGGUUUCUGUAACCUUUCUGCUCCUGUUGUGAUUCUACAAGAAUAAAACAUUAAGUUUUGAAA